AUGGCCAAUGCCAGUAUUUACUUUGUCGUGGCUGUUCUGUGUAUCAGUUUUGUAAAUUCCGAUGCUACUUUAAAGUUUUAUCAAGAAAAGAAUGUCCAUGAAGCUCUAGAGCUUACAGAUGAUGAUAUCAAAAAUAUUGCCAAACUUUCUAAUAAACAGGAUUUUAGAGAGGUUCUUGAUAAAAUUCUUAUACCAAGAGUGGUAGGAACCCCAAACCAUAAAAAAGUUGGUGAUUAUAUUGUAGAUGAGAUGAAAAACUUAGGCUGGGACGUGACUGAAGAUAUUUUCCCUGAUACAACACCAGUCUUUGGCACCUUGAACUUUAGAAACAUUAUUGCCAAGUUGAAUCCAAAUGCUGAUAGGUAUUUGGUGCUUGCCUGUCAUUACGACAGCAAGUACACAAGAGAGCAUGAUUUUCUAGGCGCAACAGACUCCGCAGUACCGUGUGCGAUGAUGAUCAACCUCGCGAAAGUUUUGUCCAGACAACUUGACCCAUUAAAAUUCGGUUCACCAAGUUUGAUGUUCAUAUUUUUCGACGGAGAAGAGGCCUUCCGACACUGGGGACCGAAAGAUUCAAUAUACGGAGCUAGACAUUUGGCUAAAUCGUGGCAUUCAACGCCAUACAAAGACGGUGCAAAUCAUUUGCAAAGAAUGGAUGUUCUGGUGCUUUUGGACCUUCUGGGUACGCCAGACCCAGUGUUCUACAGCUACUUCAAGGCUACAGAACGUUGGUACAUUCGUCUUGCAAGCGCUGAACAGCGGCUCAGUGAACUCGGUCAGAUGUCAGCAUAUUCCACGGGUAAAGCCGAGCAAACAUACUUCAGGCUAGUGAGUUCUGGCGCACAUAUUGAAGAUGAUCACAUACCAUUUAUGAGGAGAGAUGUAGAUGUACUUCACGUAAUACCGAACCCAUUCCCAAAGGUUUGGCACACCGCAGGCGAUAAUCUAUCCGCAUUGGACUUCAAUACCAUAGAUAAUUUGAAUAAAAUCUUCCGCGUAUUUGUAUGCGAGUAUUUGCACGUCGCUCCUUAG